AUGUUGGCGGCCUCUCUAAACACGCUCACGCCGCGGCUCAGAUUCAACUUUUCGAAGCCGGCGAUCGACAAUGUAGUGUUUAAGUUUCAUUAUAAGCUCACCGUCACUAUCCUGCUGGCAUUCGUGAUCCUGGUUUGUUCGAGAGAAUAUUUCGGAGACCAUAUUAAGUGUAUAUCAGAUCAGGGAGUGCCAGAUCAUGUUAUACAGACGUAUUGUUUCUUCAUGGCUACUUUUACUAUAGUUCGUCACUAUAACGAGAGCCUGCUUGAAGGUGGCUUUCUGCCACAUCCAGGUGUUGGACCUGUCUCGUCUUCAGAUGAAACAUUACACCACACCUACUACCAGUGGGUGCCAUUCGUGCUCUUCAUACAAUCAGUAUGCUUCUACAUGCCUCAUUACGUGUGGAAGAAGAAAGAAGGUGGAAGAAUAAAAGCGUUGGUAGAUGGUUUACAAUAUGCUGGACUUGCUCUGGCUAGUGAUGAUAUGAAGGUUGGAGCGAUGACGGUCCCAUCCAAACAGACUUUGGAGAGUCAAGUUGAAAAUAUCAAGAAAGAUAUUGUUAUGAGAUUACGAGUAACCAGGACUUGGUCGACGUGGCUCGUUGCCAUGGAGAUUACAAACCUGGUCCACCUGAUGUUCCAGAUUUGGAUGAUUAAUAUCUUUCUAAACGGACAAUUCAUAAACUUAGGUUCCAGUGUUCUCAACUACAAUAACUGGCAGGAUAUAUUGGAUCCAUUAGAAACGAUAUUUCCUAAGGUAACCAAAUGCACCUUCCACAAGUACGGUCCAAGCGGUUCCAUUCAGCAGCACGAUGCACUCUGCGUCAUGGCUCUCAACGUUAUCAACGAGAAGAUCUACGUCAUCCUCUGGUUCUGGUUCCUAUUCCUCUUCAUUGUUUCUGCUCUCGCUGUAAUCUGGCGCUUCUGUUCCUUCUUCUUGUACCGACGCUCCCUCAAGUUCAACGAGAUGAUCUUCCGUCAUGCCUCCCACAAGACCUUCAAUCCAUACAACGUGAUCCAAGUAGUGAACGGCUGUAACUAUGGUGAUUGGCUAUUCUUAUACUACCUGGCCAAGAACAUGAAAGGAAUUGUUUUCCAGCAACUAUUUGAGAGGUUAGCUGAGGAACUUCAGAAGCGAGAUAUGCCGUUCGAUCAAGACGGACAUGAAGAAAAGGGAGCCGAGCCAGUGUUACUAGGAAAAGUUGAUUAUACUGACGAAACUCUGCCUUUUAAAGAUGAUAUUAAGAAGUUUUCGUAA